CAGAGCGCCCGCGCGCCGCCUGAAACCUGCCGGGAACUCUGAUGGCGCUGGACGUUGGAUGAGGAAAGGAAGCUCUGGAUUUAAUGUGCUCACAUGUGCACAGGAGCUUGACGCAAAGGGGAGCCGUAGCCUGUAGAGUGCGGGGAGCAGGAGCCGGCGGAGCCAUGGCGACCACUCUUUCGUUAUCCUCUCCCCUCUUCCUCGGAGCUCCGGCCAGAGGCAAGGGUUACACGAGUAGAGUUCGUUGUCGGGAGCAGCAGCGACGAACGACAAUAGUAUCUAUGCUUGGAAGGAAAUCAACGGCUAGAGCAACUGUUGUCCCAGACCCCGACUAUAGGUUACCAAUCGCUAUACUUGGGAUUGCUAGUGCUUUUGCAUAUGCCGACAAUCUUCUCGCUGCUGCACCUGUAGGACUGCUGGGGCUUCUUCUUUUGUUCCAGACUACAAGAGUGAGGUUCGUCUUUGAUAACGAGGCCCUGGAGGUGAAGGUUGGAGAGCAGCUGCAGGAGUCAGGUGAAAAUGUAUUCGUCGGCGGCAAGAACCGUUGGAAGUACUCAACGUUCGUAAACUGGGAGCUGUGGUGGCCACAGUUUCCUGUCUUGGUUUACUUCAAGGAGACCCAAACGAAGCCCGAAGGACAGAUCCACUUCUUCCCUGUGAUAUUCGAUGGUCGACAAUUGUACGAUGUGAUGGUGGAGCGUGCUGGGCCCUCGAAGACGAGUGGCCCUAAAUAGUUGCAGCUGAUCUUCCUACCGUCGUUUUGCUCCCUCGGGCUCCCUCACAUUUAAAUUGUAAAAAUGGUAAAAUUAUAUACAAACGGGGUUCGAUUCCAACCACGGUUCUUAGCUUUAAACCCAUCUUCAUACGUACCUAACCAACAAAAACACACAUCUAUGUGUUUUAUAUUUUAUA